ACAACACGGAAGUGCGGUGCAGCGUAGCGUUCUGUUUCUCCAGAAAUAAAUGUUUCUCUUUGCCACAGACUGCUAAAUUACAUCUAGCUCCAGUUAUGAAAGUGAAUGUCAGUAGCUUAAUGUAAGAGUGUAUAUUGCCAUUCAAGUGUUAAAGAAAACUCACGGAUAUAACGAGUUUGGGACAUAUCUAAUCCAGCACCAUGGAACCCACAGCUUCUGGAAUGUUCUGUAACAGAAUGCUUAGCAUGGUAAACUCUGAGGAUGUCAACGCCAUCAUCCAAGCCCAGAGGCACAUGCUGGACCGCUUUGAGAAGACCAAUGAGAUGCUGAUCAACUUCAAUGGCCUUUCCAACGUGCGGCUGCAGCAGAUGAACGAACACUUCCUGCUUCACACGCGCACCCUGGUGGAGAUGAAGAAGGACUUGGACAGCAUCUUUAGAAGAAUCAGGACUUUAAAGGGCAAGAUCGCCAAGCAGUACCCAGAGGCCUUCAGCAACGCCCACGAGUCGCCGGUCCUGGAGGACGACGAGUUUGAUCCCAUCCCGCCCAGUGUCGCCACGAUGAUCACCGCCACCACGUCGGAGCAGAGCACCGAGUCAUGUGACACGAGCCCUGACGUCAUUUCCCCGAAUGUAAGCCGGUGUUCCGAAGACCUCUCCCAGGAGCAGGCUGACACGCCCACCUCUGACCAAGGCCUGCCUAGCCCUGAAACGGAUAUGCUGAGGGACGAGGGCCCGGACUCAGUACCUGCAGAGUAGAGCCUCCGUAACCCAGGCCUAGAGCUCUACUCAGUACCUGCAGAGUAGAGCCUCCGUAACCCAGGCCUAGAGCUCUACUCAGUACUUGCAGAGUAGAGCCUCUGUAACCCAGGCCUAGAGCUCUACUCAGUACUUGCAGAGUAGAGCCUCUGUAACCCAGGCCUAGAGCUCUACUCAGUACCUGCAGAGUAGAGCCUCCGUAACCCAGGCUUAGAGUUCUACUCAGUACCUGCAGAGUAGAGCCUCCGUAACCCAGGCUUAGAGCUCUACUCAGUACCCAUAGAUUAGAUAGAAGCAGCAGGAGGUCAAUGUGAUUGAUUUGGCUUUUAGAGUUUUGGCCAGUUAUCUGGUUUGUCGGGUUUGAAUCAGUAGCUGAUUUGAUGGUCAGGAUUUAAACCAGCACACUGACUGCUGUUCACUUGUAAACGCCAAGAUUGUGUCCAAAGAUCCCUUUUGUUAGACACGCUUGUCCAUCACUCGCCACUAACAAUGAAGAAGAUACUUGAAUGUGUGUUGUGGUUGUGAAGAACUGAAUCUUUAAUUACUGACCACAGGAGGACUGCACCCAGCUAGUCAUUUGUUUGUAUGCACAGGAGUCGCUCUCUCAUUAAUAAUGGUUGAGCUUGGAAAUAUGCACUCAUUUAAAGAGGUAGUGAGCUUUGUUGCUCAUGGGUAAGCCUAUUGGAGGCCAGCUAAUCGCAAUAGUACGGGCUACCAAAAUAUGUUUCCAUUUUUUUAGUGACACACCUCCGUGUUAUUUGCCCUAUUAAAACUAGAGCCUGACCGAUAUGGUUAUUUGGAUCCGAUUUUUGGGGGGCCAAAACUUACCGAUACAGAUAUAUCUGCUGAUAUACUGUUUUACAGCAGGGAAAUGAGUGUCAUUUUCCACACUGAAUUCUCCUAAAUUGCCAUUCAGAAGAGCAGUUGUCCAAGAAAUGUGCUGCUAAUGUUGAUUUCUUACAUUGUGACAUAAUGAGAAUGGCCGCAAACAUUCAGAUCAGCUUGAGAUACCCAUUCCCUAUUUAUUGAACAUUAGUUAUCGUGGAAUUAUCGGCUGAUACCGAUAAAGCGUUAAAAUGCCAGUAUCGGCAGAUCAUUUCGGCGACGCAAUAUAUCGGUCAGCUUCUAAUUGAAACCUCACCACCACAGACUUUUUCUUCUUUUUUCUAACAUGCAAAAUGUGUGAGUUGCUGCAUGGAAGAGUUCAGUAUUAUUGUUUUCUGUUGUUUCCGGAUAUGCAUUGUAUUUUGUUGGGAUGACUUGAGCUCGAGUACUAGGCUACAUUGUAAAUGACCCCUCGGUGAAGUGGCUAAUUUAAGCAUUCUACGUCUUUAUCUGUAUCAUGAUUACGAUAAAUGUUACGCAACAACUUGAAUGUUAAAUUAUAUUAUUUGGUUUGAUUAACAAUUAAAAAUACUUGGAAUAUGACCCCCCCCCCCC